CUGCAUUAUUUAGGCUAAUUAAGUAAUAAUACUGACACUUUCAUAUUCCAAACUUUGUAAUCUGUAGUUUUUCAUGGAAGUCAAAAAUAUUUAUGAAAACGUUGCUAUUUCAUAGCCUAAUUUGGUAACUGUCUCAUUGAAGGGUAUCAUUGUUGACCACUUAGCUGAAGAAUUUCUGCAGGAUGGUGGCAGGCUGGGUGGGUAGUUUUUGAAAUUGGCAUGAAUGGCAGUCCCUUGUUUUCAAAUCCCUUGAUGAGUAUACUCAUUCUUAUCACACAGGAGAAAGGCCUUGACGAAUAUACUCAUCAUAUUCAGUUAAGGAGUUAACCACAGCUCACUUCUUACCAUGGAUUGAUGAAUUUUGACCUAGAAAUCUAGAAAGAUCCACAAAUUAAUUAUUGAUUUUAACCAAGUUAUGAUUACCUUUACAGUGAUAUGUCUACUUCAUAAGUCUAAAAUAAGAAUUUUGGUUUGGAGUAUUUAACAGAGAGAUGCACUAUGUUUGUCAAGGUACCUGUACCACUGAGAUAUCACCAACCCCAAUUGAACUGCUGAGGCGCAGACUAAGGUGCAGAAGAUAGGCAUAGCAUCUGGGAGUGAGGAUAUUUGCUAGAUACCUAGGAUUGCAUUGAAUCCAACUUGAUCUAGUUGGGCACUGAUAGUAACUACUUUAAUCAGUGCAACACCUUCCCAAAGGUUAAUAAAGAUGCAGGCAAUCAAGUGUGUUGUUGUUGGUGAUGGUGCUGUUGGUAAGACGUGCCUUCUCAUCAGCUACACCACCAAUGCUUUCCCUGGAGAAUACAUUCCCACUGUGUUCGACAACUAUUCAGCCAACGUGAUGGUGGAUGGAAAACCCAUUAAUCUUGGACUUUGGGAUACAGCGGGGCAAGAAGAUUAUGACCGUCUGCGACCCCUUUCUUAUCCACAAACGGAUGUGUUCCUGAUUUGCUUCUCAUUGGUCAACCCUGCCUCCUUUGAAAAUGUCAGGGCGAAAUGGUAUCCCGAAGUUAGACACCACUGCCCUCAGACACCCAUUAUUCUGGUUGGUACCAAGUUGGACCUGCGUGAGGACAAGGAAACCAUUGAUAAGCUGAAGGAUAAAAAGCUUUCUCCCAUCUCGUAUCCACAGGGCCUAGCCAUGGCUAAGGAGAUAGCAGCAGUUAAAUACUUAGAAUGCAGCGCCCUGACCCAGAAAGGAUUGAAGACGGUCUUCGAUGAAGCCAUCCGUGCCGUGUUGUGCCCAAAACCAAAGCCUAAGCCAAAGCGCAAGUGUUUCAUCAUGUGAGAGACAGCUGGCAGUUUCCUUGCCCACCACCCUCUAUCCUUUCAGUUUUAUAGCAAAUGAAACACUAUUGAAGGCUCAGAAGUUCUUCGUAAUUGUACUGUACUAAUGUGGAUAGAAGUGAAAGGCAAGGAACACCUGGCCAAUGUGUCCCAUCCUGCAGGUCAGUUAUUACGGUCCAUAGGGAAGAUGGCGACAUGGUGAAUAGUGAAACAUUGAGGCCUUCACCUUUUUCGAUUGGGGACUGUUGGCUUUGCUUGUUUGCAUGUUUUGCCAUUACUUUGUUGCCAUUGGUUUAUAUUUUAUAAGUCAUUUGAAUAAUUGUCUGAUUUCUUGGUAAUUGUCUCAUAUUCCUGUGGCAUUCAGAGUUUACCUGAUUCUUCUUUGGAGUUGGAAUGAACGAACAAAGAUGUUUGGGAUAUACAGCAAG